GGCCUCAGUGGGCAGAAAACACUUGGCUAGGUCCACAGCAGACGUCAAACACCAAGUGAAGUCAGAAUUAUGAGUAUUUUCAUGCAUCGACAUGGAGAACCAGCUGACGCUGCCAGUGAAGCGUACAGCCAGUUUACGUAUAACUGGGUAGAAAAUAUGACAGUUCAUAACCAAAGGAGAAUGAUGUUUUUACUGGCAAGAUCCCUCAACUGAAAUCAGGAAAAGGAUCACAGACUCAAUCUCCCAAAGAUCAGCAGAACUCCUUGGUCAUUUCCUGUUUCUGUGACAGUUUGGAGGAUGCCGUCACUCUCCUCAUGAACUCCCUCGUUCCUCAGUCCCUCCCUCUGACUAGCCAAUCGGACCAGACAGACUUGUCUGGGUAUGAAAUAAGCGGGCAGUGGGAGGGGUGUGGAUGACCAACUGGACAGGACCAAAACCCCUGCCAGCCAGACGGGAGCCGAGAGGCUGAGAGAACCUGAAGCAAGAUUUGGCUGAAGGAAACACGUUGUCCUCGUUUGUCAGUGACUAGCGUCUGAAUGAAUCUAAUUUCUUAGUGAUUCCUCAAGGAUCUACAUUGCUGCAGGUGUAGAGGAGAGACGUUGAGACACAAGAGGAGGAGAUAAACAGGAGUAGGAAGUGGGGGGGGGAACUAUCAGACUGAGCAGAUGUCAGCUCAGACUGGCAGCUCAAACCCGCUAUGCUAGCAGGGGGACGGAGGUUUUCUGACUUGGAGAUGUUAGUGGGCACGGAGGAUGAGAAUGUGGACGGCGCCAGGAGCCGAGCUGGAAGCUGUGUGGAGUUCCACAGCCUAAAAAAGAUGAAGACCCUCGCCCAGAGGAGGCAGUCGGCUCCAUCGCUGGUCAUCAGCAAAGCACUUACGAGAUCGAGAAGCGCUUCCAGGGAAAGCUGCAUGAUGCCGGUCAGCCCCGAGUCGUGUCCUCUUGUCCAGGCUUUCCUGGCCGAAUGCCUCGGCCGCCUGUUCCUGGGUCACGCCCAGGCGCAGCUGAAGACGGGCCUGCAGACCCAGGAGAGACACCUCUUCCUCUUCAACGACGCGCUGCUAGUCGCCAAGGCCAAGUCUCCCACUCAUUUCAAAGUAAAAGCCCAGGUCAGAGUGUGUGAGGGAAGCACAAACCCAGAGAGGAGCUUCGUCAUGGGAUGGCCCACCUGUAACUUUGUGGCAACUUUCAGCUCUGAAGAGAUCAAGGACAAGUGGUUGUCACUCAUCAUUGGUCGGUUAAACGAAGGAAAAGAGAAGGACGAUCCCAAAACCAUUCCUCUGAAGAUAUUUGCCAAAGAUAUUGGAAAUUGUGCAUAUGCCAAGACGCUCGCCGUCAACAACAAUGACAGAACCGACGAUGUGAUUCGAAUGGCUCUGCAGCAGUUUGGCAUAUCGGGUUGUGUGAAGGAUCACCGAUUGUGGGUCAGUUCCUGUAAAGAUGAUCCUCCAUAUCCUCUCAUUGGCCACGAGUUUCCCUUUAGCAUCAAGAUGAGCCACAUUCGGGACGGAGGGAGCAGCCCUGGCGGGCACGGAGGAGGACUGGGGAGGGAACCCAUGAGUCCGACCGACUGCCCCGAAGUUCUGCUGCUGGACCAGUGCCUUCCCCCAGACACCCAGUGCCAGUUCAUCCUCAAACCCAACAAAGUGGUUCUUGAGCCUCCACAGAUUAUAGAGCCCGGCCACCAGAAGACCUUCAAGAGGAAGCGAUCCCUGAUCAACUGGCCUUUCUGGAGGGGCUCCAGCACCCAGCUGGACGCCCUGCCUCUUUCCCCAUCGCUGCUGUCUCCUAACCCGGGACGGCUGUUUGGGCAGCCUCUGAACUCGGUGUGCUCUUCAGAUCACAGCUUGCCCAAGCCCGUCAUGGAAAUGUUAGUGUUCCUCUACCAGGAAGGGCCGUACACCAAGGGUGUGUUCAGGCGGUCGGCUGGCGCUAAAGCCUGCAGGGAGCUUCGGGACAGGCUGGACAGCGGGACGGAGGAGCCGGAGAUCACACACCAGUCUGUGUUCGUCAUCGCCGCCGUCCUCAAGGACUUCCUGCGAAGCAUCCCGGGCAGCAUACUGUGUGUGGAUCUGUACGACCAGUGGAUGGACGCGAUGGACGCGAUGGACGGGGACGGAGGAGAGGAGCGGCUGCCGCGUGUUCACAGGCUGCUGCAGCUGCUGCCCAGUGAGAAUCGGCUCCUGCUGCGACACGUGGUCGCUGUGCUGCACCACAUCCAAGGCAGCGCCCACGACAACCAGAUGAACGCCUUCAACCUGUCGGUCUGCAUCGCUCCCAGCAUGCUUUGGCCUCCGACCCCGAGCACUCCAGAGAUGGAGGGAGAGGCCACGAAAAAGGUGUGUGAGCUCGUGCGCUUCCUCAUAGAGAACUGCAGCAGCGUCCUGGGAGACGUGGCCUCGUUGUUCAAAGACGUCAGCCAGAAGAGCAGCAGCGACCACGGAUCUGAUGUUUCGUCCUUCCAAAUGAACGACUCAUCCUACGACAGUCUGGAGAACGAGCUCAACGAUGACCCCGAGUCUCCCUACCAGGAACAACUGCUGCUGCGCGAAAAAGCCAAGCCGGAAAGCCGCAGCCGGGACUCGGUCAUCACCCUAAGCGAUGGCGACCCCGAGCCGGACCCCGACACCGAUCACCUACUGCAGCUCCCCCCUCUGGCCAGGCCCAGGAGAUUCAGCCCUGCCGUACGGCAGCCCCGCAACGGCUCGUCGCACGCUCCCCGGAGACUCCGGAGAAGCUCCGAGCCGGCCUUGGCUUUAGCGAAUGUGCCGUCUUCCAGCAUGGUGGCGGUCAACGCGGACAACCACCACUUACCCUUAAGGAAGGCCAGCUACGACGCAGCCAUGGAGGGGGAAGAGGACGAGGUGUUUGUGGAGCAGGGUUUGAACAGACUGCAGCUAAACGAGGAGGUAAAGGACGGGUGUGUCCAGAAAGGAGCCAGCGGUGGGCGGAGGAAGAUGAAGCAUCCGCCUCCGCUGCGACUGGACGCCAGCUGUUCCAGCCUGUCUUCACCGGCGACUUCUCCAACAGGGUCCUCCCUCAGCUCUUUAGACUCUGCCUUUUCUCAGUACUCCACUGACUAUGCCACGAACGCCGCAGCUACUCAACGGUCGCCGAGAGACUCCCCUCCUCAGAGGGACGCUGCGCCCCAUUGGCAACCAUCCGUCCAUCCGCCUCGUGGGAACCAGAUCUCCCAAUCCCACGGACUCCACCCGAACACCUGGCUCAAGAAGGACCGCUGCUUGUCUCUGAGACAACCCGACUGCGGACCCUUGGAGGACUUACCUGUGGUGAACGGAAAUUCCUACCCAACCGGCGGUGGUUGCUCUGUCGCUGUUGAUAACACAGCAGCCACAGAGCCAAGCGAAAACUGCCAAAGGCGGUCCAGCAGCCCUCCGUCCUACCAGCAGGCUCUUAUCCAGCUCCAGCGUAACCGCUCCCCGUUUUACAGAGGCGCAGAGAAACCCCUGACCGUCAAAGAGUUGAGGCAGCUCCACGACCAGAGCUGCGCUUCCAAAUCCUCCGGCGCAAACCCAUCGGACAAUCCCAAACCGGCCGCAGGAGCCAAGGUCUCGCAAAGACCGGCACGGACUGAGAGAGUCCAACCUCCGCAGAGUGUUUUCUAUGGACAGACGGCCACCACUCUGGUCCUCCAGAGGCCAAAAUCCCACUCCCUCAUCCCUGCUGCCGAAAGCCACAUAGGGAGGAAGACCCUUCCUCGCCGAGCCUCUGAGCCUGCUAAGGUCUCGGCCAAUUCGGACGCCUCCAAGAGCCUCACCCUAGACAGACCUUCGGGCGGUAAAACUCAGCCGAAUGGCCGCAGACGGAGGGCAUCGCAUGUGGACCCCGACCACACCAGGCCCCAGCUCUGCCUGUCUCCUUCCGCCACCCAGGUGGUUAGGGACUACUUCUCCUCACAGGGUCAGGCAGACCCCGACUCCUGCCUGCGGAAGAGUCAGGAGGUUGCCGUGGCGAUAGUGCAGAAUAAGAAAGAGUGGCAGAGCAGGCGGUGCAGCGACCCGCGAGUGGAGGACUUCGAACAGCUCUUCUUUGCAGAAGAGUCGUAUGUGUAACAUAAAAACUGUACAGAGAAACUGUAAAUGGGACAAUGUGUUUCGUUUUUUUGUGUACAGCUGUUGCCUUUUAUGUUAUUACAUGUUUUUCUUAUGUUGCAGUGUUGAGUACUUUAAUGGUUCUCUGUAUUUUUAAAGGUACAAAUAGGCACCACAAUUAGCAAGAAAUUAUAUUUAGCAGUGAUUAUCGCUCUGACUGUAUGAACAGUUGAUACAGCUGUUCCAGCUAAUAACUUUUUUCUUACCCAUGGGUUAAAUGUGCAGGAAGUGUUUUAGCAUUUUUCAAUCUUUUUCAAAACAUGUGAAUGUGUGUGUGUAUAUAUAUGUAUAUAUA